AUGCUGCUGGCGUGGCUGGCGACGGCGUGGGGCGGCGCGGCGUGGGCGCUGCUGGCGGCGGCGCGCGCUGGGCGGCGUGGCGGUGGGUCGUGGCGUUCGCCCGCGGGCCGCUGUACGCGGCGGAGGCGACAAGCGCGCGGCUGCGCGGCGGCGGUGCGCGCUGCCGCAGCUGGCGCUGAGCGCGGCCAGUGCUGGCCUUACUUGCGGCGGGCCGCGUGGCUUCGCUGCGGGCGCUGCGCUUUCGUGGCCGCCACGCUGCCCCGUGGCCUUCUUCGGGCGCUCUACGCCGCGCCCGAGUCGCCGCACUGGCUGCUGCGCGCCGGGCGCCGGGCGGACGCCGCGCGCGCGCUGCGCCGCCUGCGCGGGUCGGGGCCGGCGCAGGAGGAGCUGGACGCGGAGCUGGACGCCAUCGAGGCGUUCGCGUGCGCGGAGAGCGCCGAGGGCGCGCCUAGCGGCGCGUACGGGGAGAUGCGCGCGCUCUUCGUCGACGCCGCCGUGCGCCGCGCCCUCUGGAUCGUCCUGGGGAUGGUGGGGCUGCAGUGCAUGUGCGGCUACACCGCCUUCCUCGCCUACUCCACCGUCAUCUUCCAAAAGAGCGGCGACGCACUCGACGCCAACCACAGUGGAAUCGUCGUCGGCGUCAUUUUGCUGGUGAUGUGCCUCAUCUCGCCGGUGGUGGUGGACCGCGCGGGCCGGCGCUUCUGCCUGCUGGUGUCGUGCUCCGUGGCGGCGGUGGCGCUGCUCAUCGAGGGCGGCUACUUUUACGCGGCGGAGCGCCAGCUGGCGCUGGCCGACGCCUUGUACUGGCUGCCGGUGGUGGCGCUGGUGGCCUUCUUCAUCGCCUUCACACUGGGGCUGGGCCCGCUGCCCACCACCGUCGCCGGGGAG